AUGGCGUCGUCAAAGAUGGGCGCAGAGAAGAACUCUCAUGGAUUUGAACGUCUGCUGCCCGUCUGGAACUGCAUCGCGUCCUUUGGCACGGUGGCUGAGUCGCUAUACAAUGCGCAAGCAUGCCACACUCUUAGAAGAGCGUGCCAGGAUACAGCUCUCUGGCGCCAGCAUGCCAUGUCACUGCGGUAUAUACGCCCCGCCGAGAACUGCCAUGAGAGCCUGCACACCGCAGCGCCACAGGCGCGCAGUUUGCUGCUGUUGGUCGACUGGCACCAGCUCGUGAAGCUGAACAUGGCCAGCAGGCGGGGCGUCUCGGUUCGACUCCGUGGCUCAGACAUGCGCCUGCCUUUGAAAAGUGGAGACAGCAUUCCCAUGCUACAGGCACUGUACAGAAUUCUGGCGCAAAUCCUACGGAGGCUUCACAAUCCCGGGUCCUGGCCUUUCCGUCUCCGCUGGCUCCAGUGGGGUGGACGUCCAGGGUGCCUUGUAGACCACGGCAACGUGGGACAUCUCGGCCCUGGAUCUAGACUCUUCCUAGAGUGGGGCGAUCCACUUCUCGGAUGGCCCCUGCCUCCGGUGGUGUUUGAUGCAUGCCUCCACUUCAACCUGCACUGGGGACGGCAAACGUCCUGGACAUGGCCAAAAUUCCAACAACUGUCCAUGGGGCAGGGCUACAUGGUGCAUGUUGUCUCCAGCUUGCUUCCAAAGACGGAGCAGUGGUUGCAAGUGCCGGCCGAGAGCAACAUGCUGGACCUCUUGGAGGUCAUCGGACACCUCUUGAGGCAGAACGCGUCUUCGGCGCUCACAUGCAGGCCGCUGCACUUCCGCCUGGUUGACAUGUGCCCUUUAGCUGGCAAGGACGUGGCGCACCCGGCGCUGAAAGACCUUGCUUGGGCACAGUGUGAGACGCUCUAUGUCGAGGCCGCCAAACUGGAUGCCUGUCCAUUCGAAGGGUGCAGCUUGUCACAAGAUGAGAUCAGCAUCGUGGACCUGAAACGGGCUCCAGCCUUCAGCAGCCUCCGGAAAGAUGCCGUGUGUGAUGUUCAAGAGACUGCGAGUGUCGCCACGCUUGUGUUUGGCACUUCUGGUCUUGGAAGUGCGACGGAGCAGACAGUGCGCCUCUCCCACCCGGUGGUGAACCUUGACGACGAGGUCGUUGACCUGCAGAGGCAGACAUCGGAGUCUGUGCGGGAGCUUUGCUGCCAGCCUUCUCCGGAGGUGCGUGACGCUGCCGGGCCAGAUUCGCUAGAUAGCGUGCGGCCUGGCGAGUCGCAGGAUGAGGUGACUCUGCCAGUCAGGACUCGGGUGAAGGAGCGGAUCGUGCCUCACUACUCCCCGGUGCUACUUCCCGGAACGUCGAAAUGCCGGCAGUUUGAGUUCCAUCCUCUGCAGCCUGACAUCAUGCUGGUGGGGGAUAAGGAUGGCCGGGUGAAGAUCGUGAAUACAGGUACUCAUGAGCGACGAGUUCGACCUGCCACUCAGGUAGACAACUGCGCUCUGCUCGGGCUGUCCUGGUUGCGGCACGCUCCCAAUAUUGCAGUUUGCGGAGGAUCAACUUCCGGAUCGAUUCAGUUCCUCAGGUAUAUCCCAGAUGCGAGGCCAGGAUCCCCAGCGUUGGCCAGGGCCGCCACCGUGCAGGAGAAGUUUAUUCCGAAGCUGUCGUCCUUAAGCGUGAACUGCUCCGACAACUUCCUCCUGGCCUCGGGGAUCUCAUCUUCCAUUCGCAUCUUCGAUAUAGAGACAGGCAAAGUCACCAGCAGAGGGAGCGACGUGCACGAGCACUUCAUCAACAUCAGUAGAUUCUGCAAUACCUCGCCACACAUCUUUGCAACAGCCUCCUUCGACCACACCUGCAAGAUAUGGGACCUCCGGCGUCCACUGAAACGGCAGAAUCCUUUGAAGACCCUUCGGACCGGCGGCCACAACGUUAUGGGCACCUUUUCUCCAGAUGACAGGCUAUUCCUCUGCAGCGGACUUGACACGCGACUUUGGCAGUUCGAGGUGGGCACUUGGACGCAAACUUCUCCCAUUGCGCUGCGCAACCCUCUACACAAAGAGCGCUAUAGACGGGCCGCCUAUCUUGCGAACAGCAAGUACUUCGUCACAGGAUCCACAGAGGAAUCGCACAUCCACCUCUUCUCUGUUCAUGGCAAGAAGAUUGGCUGCGUGGACCUGCGAGGUAUGCUUCAGGUCCGGGCCUCGCCGCUGCGCAGCUACACAGAGCCCAUCCGUGGGACGGUAUGCCUCGAGGAUGCCGACCCUCAAAGUGGGUCAAGCCGCCUUGGCCACGAAUAUGUCCAGUCGCUUCGAACACAUCCGGUCAUUGAGAACCGUGUCGGGGUGCUGAUGGCCAUGCCUCAGGCUGUUGAGUCACACAUCGUUCUCUUGGACCUGGACUGCAAAGAGGUUGAAGCGUGA